GGGAAGCUGCGUAGAAGUCUUGGCUUGGCAUAACUGUCGGGAUCACCGCGUUUCAUACAACUCCUACCUAAUUGUUUGACUAUUAGUUGUAAUCCUGUGCCUGUUAGUUCAAUUACAUUGUAAGGACUAUUUGCGUGUUAUUUAAUAUUCGAAAUGGCCGAUAAUCCUGACCGCGCUGCGACAUCAGAAGUGGGAUCUGAAUCAAGAUUUGAAUCAGGAUCAGGAUCUGGAUCUGGUGGAAGUGAAGUGAAGUGGGAGUCGCUAUUGGAACAACAAAAUAGGAACUUUUUGGCUCUUCUACAAGCUCUGCGGCCACCGUCGAAUCAGGUCAGUGUAGAAUUGCCAGAGUUUGAUCCGGAUACAGAGAACGCUGAUGCACAAGCUUGGAUCUCGACGGCAGAUAUGUGCAUUUCGGACAAAUCAAUGAGUGGUGCUCCCUUGAUAAUUUUGCUUAGUAAAGCUUUAAGGGGUCAAGCAUCCUCUUGGCUAUCAAAAGUGACAUACCCGGAGAUGACGUGGUCGGAAUUUAAAGACAUUUUUGCGUCAAGAUAUCAUUGUCCCGAAACAACAGCGACUGUUUUUCUAAAUUUCCUAAACAAUAAGCCAAAGGAUGAUGAAUGUCUUGCAUCGUAUGCAGCUCGCCAAAUGACGUCGCUAAUGACUAGGUGUUCGAAUCUGACAAGAGAAGAAAUUCUAGCGAGUGCAGUUCUUGCACAUAUCGCAUCAUUCGAACCCAGGACUCGUCGACUUGCGAUUACCUCCGACAUCGAUACAAGAGCUAAACUGCUAAAAGAACUGACCGUUUUUUUCUUAUAUGAAAAGGAAAUCAACGACGAACGACUUCGACCACAACCCCAAUAAAAAGCCUAAAUUAUCAAUGGCUUCAACAAUAUGUUACAAUUGUGGGAAAUUGGGUCAUAAAUCGGACAAGUGUCGGAGCUCAAGAAAUAAUGAGAACCAGAUGUCGAGACCCAGUACCUCGAGGGGACACCCAUCAUUCAAUGGACCAAAUUCGACGAAGCCAUCGAUUGCCUGUUUCAAGUGUGGACGACAAGGACACUUUGCGUCACGUUGUACUGUACCCAACCACUUAGGCGCCAGUCCGCAAUCGAAGGG